AGUGGGGCGGCACGGGGCGGCGGAGCACACAGGCAUUGGCUCGCGGAGGGAUUUGCAAAGCCAAUCGAUGGCUGCGGACGCGCGACCAGCGCGAAUCGCACAAGUUGAAGACGGGCGAGGGCGCCGGGAGCGACAAGCGACAAGUGAGACGCAGCGGCGAGGCGAGCGCCAGGCCGGACGUUCGACGGCAACUCUUGAGGAGGUGUGUUGGUGGUAUUUUCAAAGCAGGAGAAGAAAAAAAAAAGAAAAAAACCGUGGUGCUGAAAGCGGCUCAUGAUGAAGAAAAGUCGCAGUGUUCAAGGAGUCACUUCGGGAGAUGAGAAGAAGGAUCCUUCUGCGGGGCAAUUUCCCUCGGGCGGCACCCUCGCAGUAGAGGUGUGCAAAGUCCAUCGGCGCUUUUCUGGCAACCUGCAGCUGCCACCGUUGUCAUGGCGACAGGCCGAGAAGGACAGGGAAAGGGGAAGUUUGCGAUCCCCGGAGGAAGACCCGGUGACUCGCACCAGGCCGACAAGUCUACCUCUUGCUUCUCUCCCCCGGAUUGACAUCACAAAGGCUGACCCCAACAGCUUGGAGGGAGAGAAUGGCCCAUCGUUGCGCUGUAGUCCUUCAGAUCCACAAGCGUCCCCGGGUUCGGGCUUGGUUCUUCAUCCCAAUCUGGCCGGCCAGGGCCAGCGCCGAGAGUCCUUCCUCUACCGCUCCGACAGCGACUACGAAUUGUCCCCCAAGUCGCUUUCUCGGAACUCUUCCAUCGUUGGAGAACUCCACGGGGAGGACUUGAUAGUGACUCCUUUUGCUCAGGUUCUGGCAAGCCUUCGGACUGUCAGGAAUAACUUCACCACAUUGACGAAUGUGCAAUGUGCAUCUAAUAAGAGGUCUCCUGCUGCAAAUCAGCCUUCUGUCACUCAAGUCUGUUUGUCAGAUGAGUCUUACCAGAAGCUUGCUAUGGAGACCAUGGAGGAGCUGGACUGGUGUCUGGACCAGUUGGAGACCAUCCAGACCUACCGCUCUGUCAGUGACAUGGCAUCUAACAAGUUCAAAAGGAUGCUGAACCGGGAGCUGAGCCACCUGUCUGAGAUGAGUCGCUCAGGCAACCAAGUGUCAGAGUUCAUCUCCAAUACCUUCCUAGACAAACAGAAUGACCUGGAGCUUCCGUGUCCCGUUCCCAAGUCGAGGGAAAGGAAGCGGCGGCAAGGCCAGCAGCAGCAAGGUGGGAUGACGACGCCGAUUGGCGGGGUGAGAAAGGUCAGCUACACGCCCUGCAUCUCUGGAGGCACCAACAAUCGCUUUGGGGUCAAGACUGAUCAGGAAGAACUACUGUCAAAGGACCUGGAGGGCAUCAACAAAUGGGGGCUGAAUAUCUUCAGGGUGGCAGAGCACUCUCACAACCGGCCGCUCACGUGCAUCAUGUACGCCAUCUUUCAGGAGCGAGACCUGCUGAGGACGUUCAAGAUUCCGAGUGAUACUUUUGUGACGUUCAUGCUCACCCUGGAGGGCCACUACCACUCUGACGUGGCCUACCACAACAGCCUGCACGCGGCCGACGUCGCCCAGUCCACUCAUAUCCUGCUGUCCACUCCAGCGCUGGACGCUGUCUUCACUGAUCUGGAGAUCCUGGCAGCUAUUUUUGCAGCUGCGAUUCAUGACGUGGAUCACCCCGGAGUUUCCAAUCAAUUCCUAAUCAACACAAACUCCGAACUGGCUCUGAUGUACAACGAUGAGUCCGUGCUGGAGAACCACCACCUGGCGGUGGGCUUCAAACUGCUGCAGCAAGACAAUUGCGACAUCUUCCAAAACCUCAGCAAGAAACAGAGGCAGACACUGAGGAGGAUGGUCAUAGACAUGGUUUUGGCAACUGACAUGUCGAAACACAUGAGCCUGCUGGCAGACCUGAAGACCAUGGUGGAGACCAAGAAGGUGACCAGCUCGGGGGUCCUUCUGUUGGACAACUACACAGACAGGAUGCAGGUUCUCCGUAACAUGGUCCACUGUGCGGAUCUGAGCAACCCCACCAAGCCUCUGGAUCUGUACCGGCAGUGGACGGACAGGAUCAUGGACGAGUUCUUCCAGCAGGGAGACCGAGAGCGGGAGCGGGGUAUGGAGAUCAGCCCCAUGUGUGACAAACACACGGCAUCAGUGGAGCGGACGCAGGUGGGCUUCAUUGACUACAUCGUGCAUCCUCUGUGGGAGACGUGGGCCGACCUGGUCCACCCGGAUGCCCAGGACAUCCUGGAUAUGCUGGAGGACAAUAGGAACUGGUACCAGAGCAUCAUUCCCCAGAGUCCUUCCCCUCCGUUUUACUCUGGUGAAGCGGGCGGGGGACCGCUCGUGGAGGCGGAGGGCGCUCCUGUUGCCGGCAAAUUUCAGUUUGAGCUGACGCUGGACGAGGCGGAAAGCGAGAACGCGCCAACGGAGACGUCAGCGUGCGAUGGUGUCCGACUCCGAGGUCGUUCCUCCGAUCGAGACGGUUCUCCGGCCGAGACAUAGCCGGUCGGUCGAUCGGUCGGGAGAGCGCGGCGCCUUUUUGGCAUUCGUUGAAUUGCAGUAGAGCGAUCCUGCAACGUGCGGCUCUUUGAAGCUCCCUUACUGAAUGUGGAGCACCCCUGCCGAUGAGGCUCGGAACGAACCCCUGCGGAAGUUUGUUUGAAUCCUCCGGGACGGAAGGCAGGGGGGCUUCUGCUGAACUUCAGAAGCUUGGGAAUGCGCCGGCUGUCACGGACAAAGAAGGGGAAGUGGACAAUAUUCAUUUGUGUACUCGGACAAGUGAAAAAUUCCCAACUUGCACUUCAGGACAGGACAAUUUCUUUGAAAACACAACAACUUUGUAUUGUGUUCGGAUUAAGUGUCCAAUCGAGACUACUUAUUUGUAACCAAGCCGAUUCUUUUUCUUUCUUUUUUUUUAACACGUCUUAAAAAUGAGUGGGUGCCUUUUUUUUAUUAUUAUUUUUUUAUUUGUAUUUUUUUUUUUUUUUUUUUUUUUUUACAACCAUAUCCUUUUGUAGAUGUUUUUAUAAUUUAUUGAGCACACUGUAGAAUGCGUCCCAUGUUCUACGGAGAGGAUAUUUGUCUGUCUCACACGGUCUUCCUGAUGUUCUGGCAAGUGUCAGCUCGUUCUCACUCAAACGUUCGGCGGCUGCGUCUCAAAACCAAAAAUCGCUUUGACUUCCCAGCACACUUUGCACUUUGUGGCCCAAAGUAUCAGAGAUUCAUGAGGACCUGAAUGGUCAACAUGUGAAACCAAAAUAAUCAUUUGUAUGUGUAUUUUACUAAAAAAAAAAAAAAAUAAAUAAAUAAAAAAAGCGGUUAGCAACUCAAUUUUUCAAAUCCAAAGAGAUUGUAAUGAGAGCACUUUGAUGACUUCACUGCGGUCCUGCGAAAGGGUUCACGUAGGAGGAUGACAUCAGGCAAACAAAAGCCAACAAUAAGUAGAACAUUCUCGCAUGAAAUCGCCCAACUUUGCUGAACCAUUUAUGUCAGCUCUGAAAUGUCUUUUCCCCUUCCAUGAGGUCAGCGCACACCUGUUGUAGUUAGCACCCUCCAGUCCUGGGAAUUCACUUUACACACUGACUCAUUUCUAAACUUUAAACGACCGUAGACACACGUGUGCACAUUUAACGACAUGUUAGCGAUUUCAUAAAUGUCUCUUGUCGCUUUUAUUGCGGCACUUUGUCGACAGUUCUGCAGCUGGUUGCUGACCUGUCAACACUACCUUCGAGGUACCACGUUGUUAAGUGCAACCUUCAGUUCAAGGAGCAGUUAGCGACCAUGUCGUCAUGAUAUGAGUCGCUUUCUCCUGUGUGUGUGUGUGUGUGUGCGUGCGUGCGUGCGUGGAAAAUGAUCACAGAAUUGCACAGAAUCUUGUUGCAUCCAGCCGUGUAGUGCUGACCCUUCAGCUGUUUGUAACAGUGUAUUUAUUAUCUUUUCCUUGUACAGUAUACUAUUGAUAUCGGUUCAAAAUUGUCACUGUAUAUUUGUUAUUUAUAUGCACUACCACAUGUCAAAGUCAGUUUUGGCCCAACUUGUCUGGUGGAUCUGUUUAAUUGUGCUCAGAUAUUUUGUUCGAAGACCAUGACGCGAUGUCACGCAGUUCCAAUUGGACCGAUUCGAGAAGUACUGUACUUUUUGGGUUUGCGUGAGAGAUGUUUGGACCCACCUCCUUUGGGGUGCAGAAUAUGUUUCGCUCAAAUGGAAGCGCAUACGUUCAGGAUCACGUGUACGGUGACGGGUCAUUGUACAGCUCAGAAUAUUUGUUGAAUUGACCAUCAAAUUUAUUUUUCCAGUGUUUUUCUUCACAGUAAUGAUGGUUCAAAUGGUAUCUGUUGUGUUCAACAAAUGUUUUCUAUCAGAUUAUUAAAAUGGGCAUGUAUUACAUUUA